CACAGAAAGCAGCACGUCGACGCUUAGCAGCGUCUCCCAAACAAGUGCGAGCUCAACGAGCUCCAGCGAGACCAGCACCACAACUCUGACCAGCACCAGCGCUACAAGCAGCACGCUCACCAGCAGUGGAAGCACUGCUAGCAUGAGUAGCACAGUUACGCGGACAACACGGACGCUGUCCGGUACAAGCACUGUGAGCACGAGUGCCACUGAAAGCAGCAGCACGACGCAUUCCAGUGCGAGUGGCACUCACACCACAGGGAGUUUCAGCACGACACAGUCUUCGACGACAACCAGUGCCGCCACGCUGGUUAGCAGCACCACAGCUCUGACCAGCACCAGCGAAACCAGCAGCACGCUGACCAGCAAGAGUAACACAGAAUCUACGGUCACGAGUGGCACAGAAAGCAGCACGUCGACGCAUAGCAGCGCCAGCGUCUCCCAAACAACUGCUAGCUCAACGAGCUCCAGCGAGACCAGCACCACAGCUCUGACCAGCACCAGCGCUACAAGCAGCACGCUCACCAGCAGUGGAAGCACUGCUAGCAUGAGUAGCACAGUUACGCGGACAACACGGACGCUGUCCGGUACAAGCACUGUGAGCACGAGUGCCACUGAAAGCAGCAGCACGACGCAUUCCAGUGCGAGUGGCACUCACACCACAGGGAGUUUCAGCACGACACAGUCUUCGACGACAACCAGUACCGCCACGCUGGUUAGCAGCACCACAACUCUGACCAGCACCAGCGAAACCAGCAGCACACUGACCAGCAAGAGUAACACACAAUCUACGGUCACGAGUGGCACAGAAAGCAGCACGUCGACGCUUAGCAGCGUCUCCCAAACAAGUGCGAGCUCAACGAGCUCCAGCGAGACCAGCACCACAACUCUGACCAGCACCAGCGCUACAAGCAGCACGCUCACCAGCAGUGGAAGCACUGCUAGCAUGAGUAGCACAGUUACGCGGACAACACGGACGCUGUCCGGUACAAGCAUUGUGAGCACGAGUGCCACUGAAAGCAGCAGCACGACGCAUUCCAGUGCGAGUGGCACUCACACCACAGGGAGUUUCAGCACGACACAGUCUUCGACGACAACCAGUGCCGCCACGCUGGUUAGCAGCACCACAGCUCUGACCAGCACCAGCGAAACCAGCAGCACGCUGACCAGCAAGAGUAACACAGAAUCUACGGUCACGAGUGGCACAGAAAGCAGCACGUCGACGCAUAGCAGCGCCAGCGUCUCCCAAACAACUGCUAGCUCAACGAGCUCCAGCGAGACCAGCACCACAGCUCUGACCAGCACCAGCGCUACAAGCAGCACGCUGACCAGCAGUGGAAGCACUGCUAGCAUGAGUAGCACAGUUACGCGGACAACACGGACGCUGUCCGGUACAAGCACUGUGAGCACGAGUGCCACUGAAAGCAGCAGCACGACGCAUUCCAGUGCGAGUGGCACUCACACCACAGGGAGUUUCAGCACGACACAGUCUUCGACGACAACCAGUACCGCCACGCUGGUUAGCAGCACCACAAUUCUGACCAGCACCAGCGAAACCAGCAGCACACUGACCAGCAAGAGUAACACACAAUCUACGGUCACGAGUGGCACAGAAAGCAGCACGUCGACGCACAGCAGCGCCAGCGUCUCCCAAACAAGUGCGAGCUCAACGAGCUCCAGCGAGACCAGCACCACAACUCUGACCAGCACCAGCGCUACAAGCAGCACGCUGACCAGCAGUGGAAGCACUGCUAGCUUGAGUAGCACAGUUACGCGGACAACACGGACGCUGUCCGGUACAAGCACUGUGAGCACGAGUGCCACUGAAAGCAGCAGCACGACGCAUUCCAGUGCGAGUGGCACUCACACCACAGGGAGUUUCAGCACGACACAGUCUUCGACGACAACCAGUACCGCCACGCUGGUUAGCAGCACCACAACUCUGACCAGCACCAGCGAAACCAGCAGCACACUGACCAGCAAGAGUAACACACAAUCUACUGUCACGAGUGGCACAGAAAGCAGCACGUCGACGCAUAGCAGCGCCAGCGUCUCCCAAACAAGUGCGAGCUCAACGAGCUCCAGCGAGACCAGCACCACAACUCUGACCAGCACCAGCGCUACAAGCAGCACGCUGACCAGCAGUGGGAGCACCACUAGCAUGAGCAGCACGGUCGCGUGGACGACACGGACGCCGUCCGGCACAGGCACCGCGAGCUCGGGUGCCACGGAAAGCAGCAGCACGGCGCAUUCCAGCGUGAGCGGCAAUGACACAACAGGGACCUUCACCACAACUGGCAGCACGACCAGUAGCACCACUCUCAUCAAGACAAGCUCCACCACUGUGUCAACGGCGACGCUUGCCGCCGGUUGGGUAUUGGGGGCCGUCCACGCCUCCUGCUCGACCGCGUGCACUGACGCAGGCCUGCAUUGCAGCGAGGAGGGGCUGCGGGCCAGCAACGCGGAGGUGGACUCCUCGGCGGAGCUGGGCGCCCUCAUGGCGGCAGAGGGGCAGAAGUGCACGAGCUACACCACGUUUUUCGGCCAGGACCCGACUGCCCCUUUGAUUGAGACGGCCGUGAGACCUGGAAGGUGUUACGUGAGCGACUCCGACAGGGUUUUCUCCACGUUCUCGUGCGCCUAUCAGCCAACCGCACCAAGUGCAAGCCAGAAGCGUCGACUAUGCUACUGCGAGGAAGCGACGCGGACACUCACAACCACAAAAACCACUACGAUUGCGCCCACACCUGUACCACCCACACCGGCACCACAACCCACACCUGAAUAUCUUCCUACACCUGCUCCCCUUCCAACGCCAGCGCCACCACCGCCAGAGAACAACCAGUUGAGCGCAGUGGUGGCAGUUCAGGCGAUUGACUACGGACUUCUAGUGGCCAACAAAACGUUGAAAGAAGAUUUCGAGGAGUCCAUUAUAGAUGGCUUCUUGGAUACCUUCCCAGCAGUGACCAGGGAUCAGGUGGAAUUGAUUUUAAGCCAAGGUUCUGUCAUUGUGGAGAUCAUUGUGAAUGAUUUGACCGAGGAAGGGGCGAUAGAGCUUGCGACCCAGUACGAAGCGCAGGCCGAGGAAGGGCUGCUCAACACGAACCUGGAGGUCUUGCUUCAGAACGUGAGCGGCAUCGAAGACGUCAUCCUCGUCGACAACUCGACUGGCUCUCCAUCCUUCUCGUUUUGGAUCGAGAGCACGCCCUCCACCGUCAAGAUCAUCACCGUGACCUACACGACCACGACCUCCACCGCCACGGGGUGCCUCGUUAUCGCCCCAGACGGCGGCGCCAUGGGGGACUGCCCGGAGCUGCUUGAGGA